AUGCUAACAGUUAGCGUCGAACCAGACACGGAGCUGCUUCCUGACCACCCUGCGGUCCGGUCAGAGGUCCGGUCAGAGGUCCGGUCAGUCCCCUAUGACCGCCGCAGACUGGGACAGUACCUGAGAAGCGGCCUGGAGGGGUCUGUGGUCAGAUUUGUGCUGUUUCUGACUGAUACUGAUGUGACCAUAGUUCUGCUGCUGUCUGCUGUGAAGAACAAGUGUUUUAAGAACCUCAGAGGUAAAGCCAGUGUUUGUUGCAGCCUGCAGGUAUGUGGCCCAGAAGAUCCGUGCCUCCUUCAGGGACCAGCCGGAGAACGUGAGCGGCCCCUCCUGACAGCAGGCAAAAGGAGAGAAGAGGAGCAUGAUGGGCCCUGA